CCUAAGAACACGGUCGGAGCUGGCACGCAUUCUUGAUUCAUCGUAGCUGCUCGCCUCCAUUAAACUUUAUUUCGCUCCACUUGGAAGAAGUUUCUUACAGAAAUGGCAGCAACGACAGGGACUAACUUCACAAAAAAUGAGUUACCAAAUUCCUCAAGCUUCACUCCGAUAAGAGAGACAGCGACUACACUUGCCAGCAGCCCAACUUAUGCAUCAUUUACAAAUGUUCCUGAUUAUGUUAACAAUACUACCAAAAGGGUCGGCGAAAAUAUUCGAUGGAAAGAAACUGCAUUCUUGGCGGUGGCGGGCUCUCUCAUCUUCCUCUUUCUCGUACUAAUCGGCAUACUACUUUAUCUUUUGAGAAUUAGAAUAAAAUCCGGAGAAAAGUGCUCAGAUAUAUUUAAGAUAGGAUGAAUACUAUUUAAGAUGUGCAAAGCAUAUAUGUGUGUAUUUUUGAAUAAAAUAAAUAUG